AUGGAAAAUGGAAAACCACCGAAAAUGCAACACGUAAAAAGAAAAAGAAAAAAAAAACUGGCAGCAGCUAACAAUCUUUCUGAAACCCGGGGCAUUGCUAAAGAGCUACGAGAUGAUGAAUGUUCGUCUCCAAUAACCAGUGUCUGCUGGUCAAAGUGUGGUAAUCGAAUUCUUGUAUCUGCUGCUGACAAGUCAUUGUCACUCUGGGAUGUUAUGAGUGGUAAGAGGAUAACAAGAAUAGUUUUACAACAAACCCCUCUACAAGCUCGUCUUCAUCCGGGUUCCUCAAAACCAUCUCUUUGCUUGGCAUGUCCUCUCUCAUGUGCUCCAAUGAUCAUUGACUUGAACACAGGAAAUACAACUUCGCUUAAAGUUUCUACCUUGGAGGUAUCCGAUAAUGGACCAGCCCCUGGCUCACGUAACAGGUGCACUGAUGGAAUUACAUCCUUCUCACCAACUGCUGCAUGUUUUAGUAAGCAUGGCAACCUGGUUUAUGUGGGAAACUCAAAAGGGGAAAUUCUUGUUAUUAACCAUAUAGAUGGUGGUGAGGUGCGUGCCAUGGUUCCUAUCCCUGGUGGUUCUGUAGUGAAGAACAUUGUGUUCAGCGGGAAUGGACAGUAUCUUCUAACAAACUCAAAUGAUCGAAUAAUCAGGAUCUAUGAAAAUCUUCUACCUUUGAAGGAUGAAGUUAGAGCACUUGAUGACCUGAAUGAGAGCCUCAAUGAUCAGAAUGGUGUUGAGAAGUUGAAGGCUGUAGGAUCAAAAUGCCUAACUUUAUUCCGGGAGUUUCAAGAUUCGAUCACGAAGGUGCACUGGAAAGCACCCUGCUUCAGUGGUGAUGGUGAGUGGGUUGUUGGUGGUUCUGCCAGUAAAGGAGAACACAAGAUUUACAUUUGGGAUAGAGUUGGGCAUCUUGUUAAAAUCCUUGAAGGGCCUAAGGAAGCCCUUAUUGAUUUAGCAUGGCAUCCUGUACGUCCUAUUGUUGUAUCUGUUUCUUUGAAUGGCAUAGUUUAUAUCUGGGCCAAAGAUUACACCGAGAACUGGAGUGCAUUUGCUCCUGACUUCAAAGAGCUUGAGGAAAACGAGGAGUAUGUGGAGCGAGAAGAUGAAUUUGAUUUGAUUCCUGAGACUGAGAAGGUAAAAGCGUCUGAUGUUAACGAAGCAUUAAUUAAAAAAAUUGCAUAUAUAGCCAAACUCCCUUGA